CAGUUUUCUACCGCAAUUGUCCCUCUCGGUGGCGCAGGAGGGGCUGGAGCCUAUCACAAAUAAUUACUAAAUCAUAGUUGCAAAAAAGUGUGUUCUGGUUCCACCAACAGACCCAAACAAAAGGGAAAGACUGAAGCAUGGCUCCUUUUGGCUGCUGCUGCCUCUUUGGCUUUUGGCGAGAAACCCUGAAGCAUCUGGAAGCGACUGCAGGCUUCCUCUCUCUCUGCUAACGCCCAUCCAUUUAGCAUCCAACAGCUGGACCCCCUCCUCAGAACAAAAGGUGUGGCGGUGGCGGGGGGCGGUGCCGGGCAGGAUGGAGAUACAAUGCCGCUGCCGCUACUACUUCCAGCACCCGUGGUCGCGCAUCCUGGUGGCCUACCUGGUCAUCUUCUUCAACUUCCUCCUCUUCGCCGAGGACCCCGUGUCCCAUAGUCAGACGGAGGCACGCAUAGCGGUGGUGGGCCACUGCUUCUCCUUCCUCUUCAACAAGUACCCCGGGGGCGGCUGGAGCGUCCUCAAGGUGAUGAGCUGGAUCGUGGCCAUUUUCCUCGGCCUUCUGGCCGGGAAGUUCAUCUUCCACCGACAGCUCUUUGGUCGAUACCUGCGUCUGAAAAUGUUCCGCGAGGAUCACGGCUCCUGGAUGACCAUGUUCUUCAGCACCAUCCUUUCCCUCUGCAUCUUCUCCAACAUCUACAACCUCAUCCUGCUGAUGGCUGGGAACAUGGAGUCUCACAUGAUUACCGACCAGAUGGGCAUCAAGAACGAGGUCUUCAUGAAGUUAGCUGCAAUGGGCACCUGGAUGGGGGACUUUGUCACUGCAUGGAUGGUGACAGAUAUGAUGCUUCAGGAUAAGAAGUACCCAGAUUGGGGGAACGCUGCCAGAAGGUUCUGGAAAAAAGGCAAUCAUAGGAUUGUCCUCUUCUGGACCGUGCUCUUCUCCCUGACGUCACUUGUGGUUCUGUUCAUCCUCACCAACUGGAUCAACUGGGACAGACUGAACCGAGGCUUCCUGCCCACCGAUGAGCUCUCCAGAGCCUUCCUGGCCUCCUUCAUCUUGGUCUUCGACCUCCUCAUUGUCAUGCAGGACUGGGAGUUCCCUCACUUUAUGGGUGACCUGGACCUGAAUCUGCCGGGAAUGUCCACCGCACAUAUGCAGUUGCAGCUUCCUUGUUGGAAGAAAAUAUUUAAAGAGGAGUAUCGCAUUCACAUCACCGGCAAGUGGUUCAACUACGGCAUCAUCUUCCUGGUCCUCAUUUUGGACCUCAACAUGUGGAAGAACCAGAUCUUCUACUCGCCCUUCGAGUAUGGUCAGUAUGUGGGCCCCGGCGACAGGAUCUACAUCGUGUACGACGCCGACACGCUCAAUAACCUCAACAUCAGCACGCUGACCUUUGCCUGGCGCUCCGACAAUGUGGAUCCUGCCACCAACAGCAGCUACACGGAAGGAGACUUGUUGAUGUACAGCCGCUACAUCGGCCACGGCAUGAACACCAAGUUCAUGGCCUUCAUCCCAACCCUGGGAGCGUUCGUCCUCUUCGGGUCGUUUAUCUCGUUGUUGGGGCGCUUCCAGAAAAGCGAGAACUUCCAAAACCAAAACAAGGACAAAAGCUAUAAGAGGAUCCAGAGGAAGUCCCCAUCGGCGUGCAGCAAGGAGAUGGGCGUCACCCCUGAGGAGACGGACGGCGCGGUGAUUAAUAGCCUCAAACCACUGGGGAUGCCCGUGCUGCUCUCGCCGGACGCAACGAUUACGACGGAAACCCGAGAGACGAACCCGAGCGUCGUGAUUGACAAUGCGGCACAGGAGGAACCGGACGUCUUUUCUGACCCCAACACACACACACACCUGAAUCCUGAUCUUUGACCUGAGAGACAUGUAGCAUUUCCUUGUCCCCUUCUAAGCAAACCUAUUCCGACUAUAAAUAGCGGUGAGGUUGGUAAGGUAAGCCUUUCAUAAUUUCUCAACUACUUUGGUGCCUUUCAUCGAGGCCUGUUCUGGAUCCCUUGGCCCAUUCAGAAGGUGACAGAUGUGCCUUGAAAUUUCAUACACAGUCUAAUUAUGCUAGUGUAAUAAUACACAUGAAGAUGUCCUAUUUAUGACUUGCUGCAUUUAUAUUAUUGUAUCCUUCUACUUGGGUGUAAUCAUUUCCUAGACGUGUUUACUUAAAGCAACAAGACUUGAAAUCACUAAGAGUCCACACACACGUCUUAAAUGUACUGUUUGUUACUAAAUAGAAGCAGACCCCUUUUCACUGGCAGAAGAACAGUCCAGAAUACAGUACAGGCCAAAAGUUUGAACACACCUUCUCCUUUAAUGGGUUUUCUUUAUUUUAAUGACUAUUUACAUCAGGGGUCCCCAAACUUUUUGACUCGGGGGCCACAUUGGGUUAAAAAAAUCUGUCCGGGCUGUGUAUAUACAUAUAUAUAU